CACAGUUUGACAAGUUUGCCAAUAAGAAAAUAGGAGCCAAAAGCGCAGCAAAACGAAGACAAAUUAAAUUUGAUUUUUGAAAAUUUUAUUUGUAAGUAAUAUUUUCCCCAGAAUUGGGGCCUAUUAGCGGCCGAUUGGGGCUCUAAACUUUACUCCAGUGCAAGUAGGUAGUGUGAUUGCUGAAGUGAAACCGUUGAAAGAUAACGGAGGCGUCGAUUUUGACGGUGCAAACAUUCAGUCAAAAACGACUCCACAGAGUGUGGUGGCAGUUUUCCAGUUGGAAUCGCGGCGAGUGCCGAAAUGAUUGGAUAAUAGUGGACGGGUAGAAUAUUCCUGGUUUUUGGAGGCUGUUCAGUAGUGAUUAGUUUUUUGUUGGACGCAAUUUUUAUUUUGGACCUGUUUUUUUCUGACAAAUUUUUCGAGGGCAUAAACGGCAGAAUGGAAGUCGAAGAAGACUACACGUUAGAUGAUGGCAUGGAAGGAUUUGGCAUGCAUACUCUGGAAGAAGGAACGUUUGUCGGUUCGGAUGAUUUGGUUGAAUAUUCUGCGGGCGAGGAUGAGCAAUACGACGAGGUUGGCUAUAUCAAAUCAGAGGAAUCAUUAGAGGACGGCAUCCCAAGAUCGGUAAUUAACAGCCCAAACAUUACGGUGAAACGAGUAGUCAACAGUAACACUGCUAAACCGGUGCCUACAAUACUGCAGAAAGUGGCCCCAAAAGCUUCACAGGUGAUUCGUACGACGAAUGCUACUGGCAAAGUAGUGCUUAUUCAGAGACCACCCAGCUCAGUAGCCCCAGUAAAGCUUCUUAACAAUGUUAAAACAACGCCAGCGUCAACGAAGACAACUUCGUAUCAUCUGGUAAAAAACGACGGAAGCGUGAUGAUGCGGUCAAAAGUCACACCCCAAGCUAUGGUACGUCGAGUAGUUUCUGCUGCGGAAACUUCUACCACCCCCAGGACGAAGGUUAUUGCCAAAGCGCCAACACAUGUCGUGAUCCAUACAAAGUCGGGAACUGCUGGGACCACCACUAAAACGGUUACAGUCGCAGAAGCCCAUCAAAUGGGCCUACUGAAUAACAAGAUGAAACAGAUGGUAGCAGUUGCGAAACCCAAACCAACAGGACCUCUUGCCGCGAAAUCUCCCGUCAAGAUUCUGCCCAGUUCAUCGACGGGAGUUCAAUCCGGAUCCAACCUGGUUCGAUUGAAACAAUCUCCUGGUGCACCAGGACCAUCCGGACAAACCCAUAAAGUCCUUAUUAAGUCAAAUCUAGCGGCAACCAACAAAACUGCUGUACACAGCCAGAAAGUGCUUCUGCCGCAAAGUGCCAUUCAGGCAGGUCAACAAUCGGGACAAAUUCAGGCAAUCAACAUACCGGGUAAAGGCAUACAAUACGUUCGUUUCUUAAACCAGCACUCUAGCUCAACAACCUCUGCCGGCCCCGGGCGUAAAAUUGUUCAAGUGGUGAACAAACCCUCAAACACCGCCACCACGUCUGGUUCGAAAAUUAUUAUGCAGAACGCUAAAACCUACGUGGUGAGCAAUGGCAAUGUAACGACAGUUCGAGCAGCUGGUAAUUCACAGCAGAUUCGAGCGGUCCCAUCUGGUUCCCAAACGUUAGUUCGUAAAGCAAUUGUGUCGACCGAAGGUUCUCAAAUAGGUGUCAUCAAGAGAGAACCGGAUUCGUCUCGGUACAUAACACUAGUCCGUAAAGAGGACAAUUCUUCGGAAGCAGUCACUACACUAACCGCCUCACAGCUAAAUCACCUGAAAGGCUCAUCAGUGAUGGCAGGUGGUUCGAAAACCAAAAUCGUUAUGGUACCUUCUGACUAUACAAGGCAGGUGAAAAUCGAAAAUUCCUACGUAGGGACGGGAUCCACUAGUGCCACCAUGAGCAAUCCUCCCACAAUCAUUUCGGUGAAACGAGAGUCGAUAAGUGGGUCCGACGAUGAAGCUCGUAAAGGCCCGUCUAUAGGGUCCGCCUUUCCCGAUGAAGCGUACAAAAAACGUCCGUGCAAUUGUACAAAAUCUCAGUGCUUGAAGCUGUACUGUGAUUGUUUCGCCAAUGGUGAGUUCUGCUACAACUGCAACUGCCGGGACUGCUACAACAAUCUGGAUAAUGAAGAGGAGCGACAGAAGGCCAUCCGGGCGACGCUGGAGAGGAAUCCGAGUGCGUUCAAACCGAAAGUCUGUGCCGUCAGUGCCGCGGAAGACUCUCUGCGUCAGCACACGAAAGGCUGUAACUGCAAACGUUCCGGUUGUCUUAAAAACUAUUGCGAGUGCUACGAAGCAAAAAUCCCUUGUUCCGGCAACUGCAAGUGCAUAGGUUGUCGCAACACCGAACAAUUCGCCAAAGAAUACGAGUACGCAACGGGAUUGUCUAGCAGCGUAAUUGCGGCUGGCUGUGAAUCAGGGGCGGCAUUAGGAAUUGAUCCGGAUCAUUUAUCCGGCGACGACAGUAUGGCCGAAGCCGGGCAGGCUAGCAGUAGUUUAGGAGCCCCAGUUGCAAUCCUAUCGGGGGUUGGUGAAUGUUCAACCAGCGCAGGAGUGAAACGACCCCUUCCGGCGGAGCCGGAUCUCACCCAGCUACCACCAUCCAAGCAACCGUACAACUUCAUGACGCCGGACGUAAUUGAGGCGACGGUGCAAUGCAUGAUUGCGCAAGCGGACGAGUGCCAGAAGCGUGGGUGCAAUAUACGCACUGCUGAGCGCAUGAUUCUAGAAGAAUUCGGGCGCUGUUUGGUGGAGAUUAUUGACUUCUCUACUAAGUCGGAUAGCUAAAAGGUAUACAUAGUGUGAGUAUGUGUGUGUGUUUGUGUCGACGAUAUUAAGUACAUUGUCGUACUUAUCGACUUAUGGAUAGUUUUCAGUUCAAUCACGGAACAAGAGUAUAUUGCACAUAUAUUUACCUUUACACAAAAGAGAACGCUUCUUACUUUAAAUGAUAAUCUUAAUUAGUUUCGUGUGCCAUUGUGAUGGUACGAAAUAAAUUUGGUUAUUCAACCAGUAAUUGAUAUAAAAUACAUUAGCAAUACAUGUUUUACUAACAUAAAGAAGUUUAUCGGAAUAAUAUUUAUUGUAUUUCACUACUUUCCAUUUCAUCAUUUAUUAUUUUUUGUAAAUCCUAGUCUUCAGCUUUUGUUUUACAAUAGCUUCAUUGUACUUUACAUUUUGGUUAUGAUGGAUUAUAAAAAAAAAUGAAUUCGAAAUAUGCGUAGGAUGGCAUAAGUUGACGUAGAUGUAAUCAGAAAUUUUUCCUCAAAGAUUUAGAUAGAUUAAAUUGAUUGCGGCUGAGUGGAAACAGGGCGGUAUUUUGUAAGAUAGUGUACAAAACAGUUUCAUAAGAUCGACAGUGAUUCAUAGUGUAAUUAAAAUCUGAAUUGACUGUUUUAUUGUUGAUAGAGUGAACAAAAUAAAUA